CCACCCAACCGCACCAGACAGGGCGCUGCUAUGGACGAUGAACUGGUGUGUGUGCUCUGUAAGGGCGCACAGGAUGAAGCGAGCAACAUCACAAAGCAAAAACUGGUUGUCAACAACAAGUGUGGACACCGCUUCCACCAAGCUUGCGCGGAGAAGGAGCUUCUUCGUCGCAAGACGUUUCCGUGUCCGGCGUGCCAAGUACAGGUGCGUCGAGCCGGCUUGACCGAGAAGACUCUGGACGAGCUAGAGGUCGCGAGGGAUAUCACCGUGCGCAAGCGAAUAACAAAGAUCUUCAACCGUUCGGAGGAGGACUUCGGCGGCGACCUCCGCGCCUACAACGACUACCUUGAGACCAUGGAGGACGUUAUCUACGGGCUCUGCAGCGGCGACAAGGGGGAGGCGGACAGGGCCCAGGCCACCGUGAGGGAGUACGAGGACAGGCACCGGGGCGAGAUCACCAAAAACGCCGCCAGGAAGGUGGACCGAGAGAAGGUCGUGGAGGAACAGCUGGCGGCGCUAAGACAACAACAGGAGAGCCGCAAGCACUACAACCAGCUGGAGGAGGCGCGCAAGCAGCAGCACGCGAGGAAGCUCAAGCUCGAGGCCCAAGAGGUGGCUCUCGGGGAGCGAGAUCACGUCACCGCCACCAUGGGAGACGCGCUGUUCUUGGACAGCCUUACUGCGGAGGGGCUCGACGGAGCGGGAGGAGAGCUGGGGGCGAACGGGAACGCGCCUGCGGCCGUUCCGGCGGGGAUGAGGCAGAUGCUCAACAUACCCGCACCGCUGCCGCAGCCUCAGAGCAACCAGGACACGCGAAGACGGUUCGCCUCGAUGUCGGUGACGGAGCGGCGUCCUCGCAUGCAGAAGGCCGCCGCGGCGCCAGAUCGAGCGCUCGGGGCCAAGCGGAACUGGGUGGAGAUGUUGGGCAGCCUGUUCUAGCUGCUGUUUCGACAAAAAUACAAGUCGUGCAUGAGUAAGAAGGAAGGCAGGUGCCGAUUUGCAUUUCCCCCCUCUUCCUCUUGAUGUCUUGAGGUGUGAGACCUGUCACGUGGAGUUAGAUUAGUUGCAGCCGGCCCAGCGGCCAACACCCAAGGAAACUAUGGGCCGGCCGUGGAUAACUAUUUUCAAGUUUCGAAGAAGCUCUUUCGGGCGGCCCGGCCCGCCCGGCUUCUUGCUCGGCAACAACUGUUAUUGUAUUAGUUGCCUUGUUUCGUUUCACGUUCGCUUUUUAUUACCGGGUGGUGCAUCACGUGUACGUCCUAGGCUAGAUCUUGAGAUGAACAAAAUGAACGUAUGUAUGCAAAUGCAUACGUGAGGCCUCAGGGUAAGAACAUUCACAGCACCCAUGGUGAUGAGGCGCUCUCUCGUUCGCU